CUAGUACACUAUAAUAUCUACGAAGUACGAAGCGCGCGUAUUUUGCAGCAGCUCGCUCGGUUUACGGCCCUAGCUUAAGUUCUAAGCUCUAGCUGGUCGCCCAGCAUUUCAGAGUAGCGAUUGUACUGCUCGGACGAACGCUGGCCCUCCCUGCGACGGAAAGCAUGGCGGAUAACAGCUACGCUGUCCAGCAUUUUGGCGUCUCGCCCAAGAGUAUUGUUGGCAGUGUCUAUGAUAUCUGGUUUGACUACACAGCGAAAUGUCUGGAUGACCUCAAGACCGCAUUACAGGACAAGGCAUCCGGCCGCAUUCCUCCUGAUGAGCUAGAAGCAAAUGUGGAGUCCAUCUUUCAAGAAAUGGUCCCUGAAUUUAACAAGAAUGCUGACAAGUUAGAGGAGUUCAUACAGUCCAACAUCACACACGUGCCAUCGCAUGUGCUGCUCCCUGAAGAUGACGUGCAUCGGCAGUUGCCCGACGAGAGGAGACCGAGCGUGUCCUCCCUUAGGGCACAGCUCGGGUCGCUGCACAGGCGCAUUGCUCAGGAGACUGCACGACAGCAGGCCCUUAAGGAAGAGCUGGCCCUACAAGAUGUUUUGCGAGAACAACUACGAGCCAAGCUGCGGAGCAUUGAGGAGGUGGCUCAGCAAGCAGCGGAAAUGAGCAACAAGACCACCAUGGUGCCAGCAGAGGGUGUUGCCCGCUUGCACCUGGACACUCAAGAUGUGCCGGGACUGUGCAGAAAAGCUGAAGGUCUCUCGGGAGCCACAAAUGCGGCGAUUUAGGAAACCAAUUGCCAUUGUGUAAUGCAUAUUAUAACCUUGCCUAUAUUACUUGAUAAAAGGUUAGGUGUGCA